AUGCGGCUGGGAAGUGGAUUGUGCAUUUUAAAGGACAACAAUACUCAAAGCCAAUGGCGAAGACUACUGAAUAAAAAUAAUUCUGUGUUUCAGGCCGAAUUACUCGCAAUAUUAAAAGAAAUUAAUUUUAUACAUCGACUUCCUAGUCCUGUGUUUAUCUACAGUGAUUCUCUCUCUGGCCUCAAUGCAAUAGCAGGAUUUAGAAGCAGAAGCCCAAUGGUGCAUAACAUACAGAAAAAGUUACUUAAUCUUGACUCCACAAUUCAACCAAUACUUUGCUGGGUGCCUGCACAUACAGGCAUUUUUGGAAAUGAAUUUGCUGAAGCUACGGCUAAGGAGGCGGCAAUGGCCACGAAUCUACCUGAAUUCUCUCUUCCUCUUCCGGGAUCAUAUCUCAAGAAAUUAACUAGUAUACAGCUUUCUCAACAGCAGCUCAGGUGGGAUACUUUUAACACAGGUAGAAGAACGCAUAAAUUUGUCUCAAAGGUCUCAACCAACUUCCUUUCCAGCGCCUUGGCACUCACAACAUUUUUAACAGGGCAUGGACCAUUUUUAACUUAUCUCUUCAGAUUUGGCCUUUCUAACAAUGAGCAAUGCAAGUGUGGGGUGACAGGAACUCCUGAUCAUUAUGUUUUCAACUGCUCCUUGACGUCAGCUUUCCAUUUAAACAGACCAGCGGACACGUUCUGGAAGGAAUGGACCAAUAAUUUAGACUAA